AUGCUAAAUUUUACAAAUGAACUUUCAACACGAACUAUACUUGCACCAAGCACUGUGGUAACCACCGUAGCUGCAAUGAAUGAGGAACUUCAUGAUUCUGAGUAUCUUAAUUCAACUCUAAGGUGUAAUGCUACUGCUGGAUCGAAUAACGAUCAGUUUUCUCCAGAGUGUCUACUCCGAGAUAUAAAUAUUGAGAGAAUUGGUGGAAGAGGUGGUGGCAGCAGUGGAAGUAGUGUUGGAAGCAGUGGUGGAAGAAGUGGUGGAAGUAGUGGAAGUAGUGGUGGAAAAAGUGGUGGAAGUAGUGGAAGCAGUGGAAGCAGUGGAAGUAGUGGUGGAAAAAGUGGUGGAAGCAGUGGAAGCAGUGGAAGCAGUGGAAGCAGUGGAAGCAGUGGAAGUAGUGGAAGUAGUGGAAAAAGCGAUGGAAGCAGUGGCAGCAGUGGAAGCAGUGGCAGCAGUGGAAGCAGUGGAAAAAGCGAUGGAAGCAGUGGCAGCAGUGGCAACACUGGCAGCAGUGGAAGUAAAGGCAAUCUUGGAUCGGGUGGAGCCGUCGGAGUUGGAACGUACCAACCUAAAAAGGGAGGAAGUGGCAACUCUGGAACUGCUGUCCACAAUGGUGGCGACACUCCUGCUACUAGAGGAGGUUACCUAGGAAACGGCUGGUUCGGUGCAUAUGGAGGGUACGGUGGAUAUGCCGGAUAUCCGGGCUACGCAGGUUAUCCCGGCCUCCACGGUGGUGUCAGAAAUGGCACUAUCUCUCUCCAGGCCAAUUCUGCCAUGUCAAAAGAGCCAAACGUCAUCCGCGUUUUUACCGCCAUUUUACUAAUGCUUUUCUUCUUUCGUGCAUACGAGUGA